CAGAGCUUUUCUCACCCAGUAUUGGGGCCCAUGGGUCCUCAGAUGGGACAGUUUGGAUCUGGAUACAGUGGAAUGGGUAUAAUAGGUGCCAUGGCGCCAGGUAAUCUGGCUCCUGGGAUGAACAGAGACUUUAGGGGUAUACAGACUGCAGCUGCAUCUACUGGUAAACCAAGUGAGUUAAUUACGCCAGAAUUCACUCCCGGUGCCCCUAUUGAGCCCCCGCGACAAAGUGAACAUGACUUGAUCGGGGGCGGAUCUCGUAGUACCACUCCUGCCAGUCUCAGUUCCCGUAAAUCACCCACGGCCGAUCAGAGUGUUCAAACUGGCAGCGCCAGAAAGGACGACAAGAAGACUGUUAAACCUAUUCAACCUCCUACACAUCGAAACCAACAAAGACCUCGAAAGGACUCCAGAGGUGAAACCAGUUCACAUCAGGAUCAUCAUCAACAACAACAACAACACCAUCAGAGAUCCCAAAAUAGAGCAGUUCCAUUGCAAAAUCGAGGACCGUCACAGAAUCAGGGCCACAGACAACAACAGCAACAGCAGCAAGGAUGGGCCGGCCAAAUGCAGCAACAGCCAAGGGGGUCGAUGCAACAAAGACCUCGGGGUCGUCCGCGAGCUGGUACUCAAAAUAAUUAUCAUCGUAAUGUACAAUCAAACCACCAACAGCAGCAGCAGCAACAACAACAACAACAACAACAACAAGGGGGUCUUGGCGGCACAGCAAAACCUAAAAGCACGCUUAAGUUUGAAAACGAUUACGAUUUUGAACAGGCUAACACACAGUUCGAGGAACUUAAAAGCCAAUUAGAAAAGCUUAAAAUAAAGGACGUAGUUAACGGAGACGCAGAAAAAAAAGAUGACUCCGGGAACGAGACAGGCGCGGGCGAAGGAGAACAAGAAGAUGAUUCACAUACUGUUUAUUAUAACAAAGCCGUCUCAUUUUUUGAUAACAUAUCAUGCGAAGCGGUUGAGCGGUCUAAGGGACGAUCUCAAAGGACCGACUGGCGUGCUGAACGCAAACUUAAUUCGGAAACAUUCGGUGUGGCUUCAACGAGGCGUAACAAUAAUUAUUUCCGAGGUCGUGGAGGUGGUGGAGGCAUUGGCGGAGGUUACUAUAAUCGAGGGUUUCGAGGUUCGUAUCGCGGUGGUUACAGAAAUCCUAUGGCACAGCGAAAACAACAGCCCCAGCACUUGCAGAACCGGGAUAAUAACGGUGUGACGUCGAGGACAUCCACAACUUCAGUACCACCUUCAAAUCUGGUGGAAAGCACGCCUCAAACGCAACAGUUACAUCAACAGUCCUCUCAACAGUCGCAACCACAGCAACAGUCUGUGACAAACAACGGAGCCUCUAAUGAAAGUGGAAAUCAGACUUCGGUACCGCCGGCCCCUGUGCCUGCAGCAGCUGGAAAUUAAAAGGAUCUGAUAAAUAAUGA